AAAGAUGGCGCCCUUAGCACUUUCCCUAACGAUAUUGACGAUCGUUUAACAAUGGCAAAUCUCAAGAACCGAAAGGCCGCCCCCGAUGAUCUUGAAGCAGAAGCAGAAAAGGCUUUUCAGCGGGCUGCUGCUCAGCAAAAUCGAAAUGAAGAUGAUGAGUUCGACCUUGAAUUUGAAAGUGCUUUCCAAAAUCUUCCGCCAAGUAAAGCUGACGCGAAGUCAGACAGUUCCAUUAAGGAGUCGGCCGUCAGUCAAGAGGUGUCUAACGGUCCUUCUCAGCUUCCCAUUAAGACAGAAGGACUGCCUAGUAGUUUGCCUUCUAGUCAAGGAUCAAGUGCAUCAGAACUGAACAGAUACUCUCCUCGCAAAGAAACUACUAAUUAUUCUGAAAAGGAAUCAGCAUCAACCAGUCCUACCUCAGAUCAAAUGCGACCUGGUAAACGAAGACGGAGAUCGGACAAAGAUAAUAUUCCGCCAGGAAUUAGGAAGCUACCUUCACCUCCAACAACACUUGAACAGGCCCAGAUGGAGUGGGACUUAGUGGAAACUGUUCAGCCAGGAAGUGGUCAAGCUGGUAGCCGUUCACCUCUUAUCACGUUCCAGGAUGCUAUCCGUCACUUUCAAACAGCUAGUUACCUUGAACAGCAUAUGUCACACAUCAAACCAACUGUCAAGCAUCGUGGAAUGGCAGCUGUGACGCAUAAACUAUUUGGUCCACCACAAAUGAACAGCAGCCUUCACUUGGAACGAAAUCUCAUCUUUGCUCUUGCUUUGUGUAUGUUCAAAAAUGACGAAACCAUGCAUAAUCAAGUGUUACAGACUAUUUAUAAAAAAUUAACAGGCACCAAGCUUGACUGUCCUCGCUAUGGAAACCACUGGGAGCUGAUUGGUUUUCAAGGUCUUGAUCCUGCAACAGAUCUAAGAGGCUGUGGUUUUCUGGGCCUGUUGACAACAUUGUACUUAGUAACUGACCAGCGGACACAUGCUCUGGCUUUGGAUAUCUACAAACUCUCCCAACAUGAAACACAGAACUUCCCAUUUUCUAUCAUGUCUAUAAACAUUACCAGGAUUGCUCUUCAAACUCUAAGAGAGGAGAAGCUGAAUAAGCCAUGCAACCGCCGCCGUCAGGUUCUGAACGUUUUUGUUGAAUUCUACGCCGCUAUUUUCGUCCACGUCUACCAGGUCUGGAAACAUCAACAUAAGACGAUCAGUGACUCAGGGUUUGUGCUCAGGGAAGCAGAGAAACUCGCCAAAAAGCGACCGCGUGACCUGCAUAGAAACCUGGAACGAGCAUUAGCCGAUCGUCAGGGUUUGAUCAAAGUUGACGAAGACAACUUUUCUCCGAAGGCGAAACAGCCCGACAUACUUGAUAAGUUCGCUGGAGUUUGCGAUCUACAAGUAGAUGAAGAGGAGGAAGUUCAUCUAGUGUAAUGAUUGAGAAUUAAGAAAAAAAUUAUGAGAUCAUAGUAUUAGUAAAUAACGAGAGCAGCCAA